AUGAAUCUCUUUUUGAGAAUAAUCACAGAUAAUGACCACAAUACAAGACUCUGAAGGUGGAAUAAAAACUGCAGUGGGUGUUAUGGGAAUGUCAGAGAAACAGACCAAUCAGGACCCACAUGCAAAGGAAACAGUUGGACCAAAGGAGGUAGUAGAACAGAAAUCGGAUGCAGGAGCAGGUGUAGGAGAUCCGAGAGAUACUAGUCCACAUCCAUCCUCUCCUGAUGAUACAGCUGAAAGAUCUCCUGCUCCUCAAACUUCAUCCACUACAGCAGCUGCACUGGAUACUGCACCAGCUCCUGAUGCCUCUUCUCCUGCUACUGGUGAUGUAGCUGAGCCUCAACUUCAGCAUCAGGAGAACCCAGAAGAAAUGGCCAAUAGUGAAGGAAAACACCAGAACUUCAUCCAGGACUCUGAAGGUGGAAUAAAAACUGCAGUGGGUGUUAUGGGAAUGUCAGAGAAACAGACCAAUCAGGACCCACAUGCAAAGGAAACAGUUGGACCAAAGGAGGUAGUAGAACAGAAAUCGGAUGCAGGAGCAGGUGUAGGAGAUCCGAGAGAUACUAGUCCACAUCCAUCCUCUCCUGGUGAUACAGCUGAAAGAUCUCCUGCUCCUCAAACUUCAUCCACUACAGCAGCUGCACUGGAUACUGCACCAGCUCCUGAUGCCUCUUCUCCUGCUACUGGUGAUGUAGCUGAGCCUCAACUUCAGCAUCAGGAGAACCCAGAAGAAAUGGCCAAUAGUGAAGGAAAACACCAGAGUUUCAUCCAGAAACUGGAUUCAGGAGGUGAUGGAGGAAAGCUAAGAAAUACCAGCUCACUAUCGUCCUCUCCUGGCAGUAUCUACAGAGCACCCAUGCAGCAAGAUGCUAAUCAGAAAUGCAAUGAAUGGGUCAACGGCCUUCCAACAGACCUAGAAUCUGUUGCCCCUUCUGUGAAAAGCAGCCAGUCUAAAGAUUUACCAUUCAACUUUUCUGCAAGCAGUGGUGUCUGUACAGCAUCUGAAUCUGGGCGCUUUACAUCCUUUAGUGACUCUCCUGAAAGUUGCCUCAGUACACAAACCAGCCGCCCUGCCUCCAAACCAAACAGGCCAUACAAAGCUAAUAAGGCUGACCGUUUUAACUCAAGAUGGAAGUCUAAAAAAGUCAGAUGUUAUGACUCGAAGAACUUCAGAACACAUAAUAAUGAUGACAGGUUUCCCAUGGAAAUGACACGAGACAAGCAAAAAUGCACAAGCACUCCCCAGCAGGAGUUCCACAGUAAAGAUGAAAAGCAGACGAAAAGCAUUUGGACUGAACCGGCUCUUGUUAAUGAAAACCUAGAUGAGGUACUGAGUCAGUGUACAGAGAGCACAGAAGAAACAGGCAGCAUCUCCACAGCAUUCAUGCAGCAAGAUAUUAAUGAGGCUGACAGCUUUAACUCAAGAUGUAAGUCUAAAGAAGACGGACGUUAUGACUCAGAGAGCUUUAGAACAUGUAACAGUGAUGAUGACAGGUUUCCCAUGGAAAUGACACGAGACAAGCAAAAAUGCACAAGCACUCCCCAGCAGCAGUUUCCAAGUAAAGAUGAGGAGAAGAACAGCUGUAUUUCCAUUUGGAUGGCUUUGCUGCCAGUGGCACUUUUAAUGUUGGUCACUGGGCUGUACGCAUAUUCUAAAGAACAAAAGGUGAACCAUCCCGAGCUGAGACUGAUGCUGGUGGGUAAGACUGGAGCUGGGAAGAGUGCGUCAGGAAACACCAUCCUGAGUGAAGAAGCUUUCAGAGUCGAGGCAUCUCCAGCAUCUGUGACUGGACACUGUGAGCGAAGGAACAAAGCUCUGGAUGGACGGAAAAUCACUGUGAUUGACACUCUUGGGGUGAUGGACACAUGGCUCACAUCAGAACAAAGAGCCCACAGUGCACCUGAAUGUAUCUACCAUCCUGCUCAUCAUCCUCAUGUGUUCCUGCUGGUGAUCAAAGUGGGGAGAUUCACAGAGGAGGAGAGGAACGCUGUGAAGUGGAUUCAGGAGAACUUUGGAGAAGAAGCUGUGAAGUUCACCAUAAUACUCUUCACUGGUGGAGAUCUGUUAGAGAAAAAACCCAUUGAGAAGUUUAUCAGUAACAGUAACGAGCUUCAGAAACUUGUAGACACCUGUGGAGGUAGAUAUCACGUCUUCAACAACUAUCAGAAAAAUGAUCACACUCAAGUCACAAAGUUGCUUGAAAAGAUAGAUUUGAUAUUAUUUGGGUCUUUGGGCUACAUUCAUACACAAGAAGUCCACCAGAGGGUCCAAAAAAGCACCAGAGAAGAAGAAGAGAGGAAGAAAUUAAAUUUGAUCAAAGAGAUCAAAUCAGAGGAGGCUGUAAAGAGAGAUGCAAUGGAAAGAAUGAUCAGAGAGGAGGAGGAACUAAGGAGAAAACAGAUGGAAAGAGAGUUGAAAGAGGAGGAAAUGAGAAAAUGUAACAGCAGAGAGACAGAAAUCAGACAGGAGGAGGAACAAAAGAGAGAGAAGAUAGUUAGAGAGUCUAAAGAGGAGGAAAUGAGAAAAUGUAUCAGCAGAGAGAUUGAAAUCAGACGAGAGGAGGAACAAAAGAGAGAGAAGAUAGUAAGAGAGUCUAAAGAGGAGGAAAUGAGAAAAUGUAACAGCAGAGAGACAGAAAUCAGACAGGAGGAGGAACAAAAGAGAGAGAAGAUAGUAAGAGAGUCUAAAGAGGAGGAAAUGAGAAAAUGUAACAGCAGAGAGACAGAAAUCAGACAGGAGGAGGAACAAAAGAGAGAGAAGAUAGUUAGAGAGUCUAAAGAGGAGGAAAUGAGAAAAUGUAUCAGCAGAGAGACAGAAAUCAGACGAGAGGAGGAACAAAAGAGAAAACAGAUGGAAAGAAAGAUGAAAGAAGAGGAAAUCAGGAACAUUGAGAACAGGGAGGAAGAGAUCAGAAAAGAGGAGGAACUGAAACGGACUCAAAUAGAAAAAGAGAUGAAAGCAGAGGAGAAAAGAAAGAUGAAUGAGAUGGCAGUUAAAUUAAGAGAUGAACAAUAUGAGAACCAAAAACUUAGAGCAGAAUUAGAGGAAAUGCAUAAUAUAAAAUUCUGGUUAAUCAUCGUAGUUCUGUUCACUGUGUCCCUCUUUGUGGCUUUUCUGUGGAGUGAAUCCACUCAGCUACCCGUCAGAAGAGAAUCUUCUGCAAAUACCGCCCCAGACAUGCAUGUGUUUGUGGUGAGACGUGCAGCGCUAGAACUCAGAAAUGCAUGCAUGCCCAGCCGUGUAGCUGCUGCGGUGGCAUCGUCAGUCCACAGAACCUCACUGCAGCUUCAGAACAGGACGCAGCUAAACCUGUGCAUGAGGAUGGUCCACAAAGAGGAAAUCCUGCAGCUGUAA